AUGAAUUUGGAAAGAAAAUUGGAUGAAUUCGAAUUAAUGGAACUUUUAUGUGGUUCGAUUCUUCAUGAUAUCAAAAUAUUGAUUUUUUAUCGAUUAGAGGAACCGGAUUUGAAUACAAUUGGUGAGUUUUUUCCAAAAAUCCAUAAUUUUUCUACUAAAAAAUUGAAGUUUUAUUUUCAAAAAAAAUUUUCAAAAAUCCAUGAUUUUUCUGAGAAAAAAACCGUUUUUUCCUUCUGAAAAAUUGAAGUUUUAUUGAUUUUUGAAAUUGAAAUUUUGACAAAAAAACACAGUUUGUAAUUUACAAACUUCGAUGGACCUCAAAUUUUUCGAUAAUUUUUGGUGUAGAUCAAAAACAAUUUUUCUCUAAAUCUCUCGUGAAACAUUUGAAUUUUUCUGCUCAAAAUUUAGAAUUUUCAUCAAAGUUCAAAAGAUGUAUUAAAUUACCCUGUAAACCAUUUUUUACAGAUCAAAUCGGAAUUUGGAGAUUUUUGGGCAACCAAAAAUAAGGAUAUCAUGAAGAAACUGAAGUUUUCGAUGGAUUUAUUCAAUGUAAUUUGAUUUGAUGAAAAAAGUGUUUAUCAAUGGACCAUUUUUUUGCGAUUUUUUGAAAGUUGUUUGGAUUGAGAUCAGAAGAUGGAAAUAUUGGAGUAUGGUGGCUCUAGUAUUUUCAAUAUAGUUGUGCAAAAAGCAAAAUGAGAUAUUGAUUUGGUUGGAAAUGGAAUUUGGAAAGAUAAUUGAAUCAAUUCAUGAUGAUAUGGAAUUAUGUGCAUUUAUGUACGUUUCGCGGAUCCGGAUUUGAUUGGAAUUAGUGAGUUUUUUGUGCUUUUUUUCAAAAAUCCAUGAUUUUUCUAAAGAAAACUCAAUUUUCCUAUUGAAAAAUCUGAAAUCUGAAUCUGAAAAAAAAAAUGAAACUGAAAAAUCCUACUGAAAAAAGCUUCAUUGAUUUUUUUUUUCAAAUUGAAAGAAAUUUAUAAAAAAUUUUGAAAUUUCAAUUGAAAACUUUGAAUUUUUAUCUGAAAAUUAGGAUUUCAUUGAUUUUUGAAAUUGAAUUUUUGAUAAGAAAACACAAUUUGUAAUUCACAAACCCAAAUCGAUAGAUCUCAAAUUUUUUCGAUAAUUCUUGAAUUACUGUAAAUUUUAGUUUUUUGCUCGAAAAUUUAUCAUUACCUGAAUUUUAGGGUUACUGUAGCUUGAAUUUUUUCACAAAAAAUCUUAAAUUUCGAAAUUUGAGGCAAUUUUUUGAAUUUUAAUAAAAAAUAAAAUUUUUCAGCUGAAAAAUUAAAACUUUAUUGAUUUUUUUUGAAUUUCAAUUUAUCUUGGACAAAAUUAAAAAUUUUCAGAUGAAAUGUUCGAAUUUUUUUUUUCAAGGAGUUUCAAAAAUUCCAAAAUUUCUCGUUUUGAGCUGAAAAAUUAAAGUUUUAUCGAUUUUAAAAAAUACAAAGAAGUUCAAAAAGUAGACUAAAAAUUUGUCAGAGAAAUCGGAUAUUAAUUUCAAAUUUUCACAAAUUUCAUCGAGCUCAAAUAUUGGGAAAAAAAUUUCCAAUUUGAAAUUUUUAAACUUUAUAUUUUUGGAUUACUGUAAAUUUUAGUUUUUACCUCAAAAAUUUAGAAUUACCUGAAUUUUAGGGUUACUGUAGCUUGAAUUCUUUCACAAAAAUCUCAAAUUUUAAAACAAAUUUCCAUUCCGAAAUAAAUUCCAAAAAAAAAUAUUUAUUCAUUUUUCAGGCGUGAAAUUCGAAACGUGUUCUCGUCAAAAUAAUUUUCAAUUUUUUUGUUGAAAAUUUUUUGGCUGGCUUUGAAUCAUCGGCAAGAAGAUCUCAAAUUUUUCGGAUUUUUGACCAAAAUCGAGAAGAAUUUCAUGAUUUUUCCAACAACUCGUAAUCGAAUAUUGUGGAAAUUUGAUCGGUUAUUUUAUCUCAACUCGAAUUUUCGAACUAGAAAAAUAUGGAUUCGAAUUUAUGAUGAAAAAUUGAAGUCGAAUCAAUAUUUCGUAGGGCUGCAUUCCAAUUGAUGACUGGAUGUAGCAAAUUCUCCAAUUAUUUUGUGAGAAUCGGAAAAUGAUUGUAAACAAUCCGGGCGUAACUCCGAUAACGACGCGCAGGGUAUUGGUAGCCGACCUGUGAUAAGUCAAAUGAGCGGUUCCCAUGCCUUCGUGCAAAAACCCCCACGUGGAACAUUCAAUUGCACCAUUUUUCUUUUUGAAAAUGGUGUCCAAGUAAUGUGAAACGGAAUUUUGGAUAUUUUGAAGAAAUUGAAGAUUCGGAUCGAUUUAUGGAUGUUCUCGAGAUUCUAUAUUUAUUCAAUUGAAUUUGAUGCGAUGAAAAUAAGAAAGUAUCAAUGGACCAUUUUGCAUAUCUGGAAUAUCAUUUGGAUUGAGAUCAGAAGAUGGAAAUAUUGGAGUAUGGUGGCUCCAGUAUUUUCAAUAUAGUUGUGCAAUAUGCGAAAUGGAAGAUUGAUAGGGUUGGAAAUUGAAUUUGAAAAGAAUAAUUGGAUGAAUUCGAAUUGAAGGAACUUUUAUGUGAUUCGAUACUUCAUUCUAUCAAAAUAUUUAUUUUUGAGCGAUUAGAGGAACCGGAUUUGAAUACAAUUGGUGAGUUUUUUGUGCUUUUUUUCUCAAAAAUCCAGAAUUUUUCUACUGAAAAAUUGAAGUUUUAUUUUCAAAAAAAGUUUCCAAAAAUCCAUAAUUUUUCUGAGAAAAAAUCCCCUUUUUCCCUCUGAAAAAUUGAAGUUUCAUUGAUUUUUGAAAUUCAAAUUUUGAUAAGAAAAACACAGUUUGUAAUUUACAAACCCAAAUCGAUAGAUCUCAAAUUUUUCGAUAAUUUUUGGUGUAGAUCAAAAAUAAUUCGUUCUCUAAAUCUCAUUUUUGUUAGUGUCAAGUCUCAAAAAAUUCCCGGAACAUUUGAAUAUGUCUGCUAAAAAUUUAGAAGUUUAAAUUAAAGUUUGAAAAAUGUCUUGAAUUACCCUGUAAACCAUUUUUUACAGAUCAGAUCGGAAUUUGGAGAUUUUUGGGCAACCAAAAAUUUGGAUAUCAUGAGGAAACUGAAGUUUUCGAUGGAUUUAUUCAAUUGGAUUUGUUAUGA